AUGCCAGAAAAGCAUAGUAGAACAAAACGUUCACUAAAAAUUUUUAAGAAACCAUCAUUCAAAAAACCCAUAGCUUUUUUGAAGAAAGCAAUCAGAAAUUUUUUGAAACUUAAAGAAUUAAAGAAAAAAAUGAAAAUAUCGAAAAAGAAAGGUUUAAUAACAAACCAUCGAGAGAAGAGGGGAGCUAUAUUGGAGGGGAUCUCAGGUGGUUUAUUAAUUUCAGCAGGAUUGAUUUUUGCUAAUUUGGCGAUAUUUGCUUUUCUUGCAACAUUUACACCUUUAAAUAUAUUUGCCUUUGCUACUGGAAUGUUUUUCUCAAUGCUAACUUGGUUUUGUAUACAAGCAGCUAUUCCUUUAUUGGAAGGAUCUGAUAAUGUUUUUGAUAGUAAUAUAGCAAGUUAUUCACGAGAAGAAAGUUAUUAUGAGAGAAGUGACAGCCAAGGAGGGUAUCAAAAACAUCAUAAUAUUAGAGAAUAUACGAGAGCUGUUACUAAAUAA